UUAGUUGGAGUAAGAACAUGAGCUGAAAAAGUGAAUACCUACCUAACCAGCCAGGAAUGUUGUAAAUUACACCUACAUGGGUCUUUAUAGGGCUGUUUCGCCCAUUUAUUCUGUUUCUGCUUUCAGGCCCCAUGAGGGCAUGCUUCUGCGCUCGUCCAAGUCCCCGAAUAAGGAGCCUACGCUACGUCACAUAGACAAACAGAAAAAAAACAUUAAUGGACCUAUAGGUGCCACUUUAGAAAUGACGCUAUUGAUCUAGUGUGGUUGAAAUAGUUAAGUGAAUAUAACAUAUUUUGAUCCAUAAAAUCAUCGAAAAUACUAUUUUGGGAUACUUAAUCAAUCAGUUGUCUAAUAACUAUUCAGUCUACGGAAUUUUUGUUUAGACGUCAAAGUCAAAAAUGGAUAAUGACGUUUGUCUGGCGCUGACUUUGACAUAACAUAUCAACAAAAAUCAUUAUCAAAACAACAACAGUCAACAACCAAAUAAAACAUUUGAACAUCAUUGAAUUAUCGGCUGUUCGGCACAUCUUUUAUUAAAAAAUCGGUAGAGAAACAUAAUUUUACAAAUCACCUGUUCAGAAUAAUGAUAAUUGCAGUGCAGACUUUGUUAUUCUUUCGGGAAUCGUUGCUUAACAUUCUCGAAAGAUUCCUCAGGCCGUUCUACCAAAAGUUGAGUUUGAAGUUCAAAGGUGAUGAGGAUUCAGAUGAAGAGUCUGAAGAUGAGGUAUUUGCGGAGUAUGAUGAUGAAAGGGGAGUUAUAUUCUUCCCGCCGGUGUACGCACAGCGGUACGCCGCAGUCACAGACUGCCUUAUGGAUGAACGAUGGUGUGGCAAGUUGAAUAAGGUGGUAGAUUUUGGAUACCAUGAUAUGAGUUUCAUAAAAUACUUGAAAGAGUUGCAAGGUAUAAAUCACAUCUUAGGUGUGGAUAUAGAAACCAUCCCUCUGCAAUGUUCUUCAGAUCUUCUGGGAUGUGACAACUAUGUGACUAGAAGAGAAAAUCCAUUACAAGUUACUCUAUUUGAAGGCAAUGCAGCGGAUCCUGAUUACAGGUUAAUAGGCUGUGAUGCAGUAGUGGCCAUAGAGAUGAUAGAGCAUAUGCUCCCACAUGAUUUGGAGCGACUCAUCCAUACAAUUUUUGGCUUCAUUAAACCAUGGGUAGCCAUUAUCACUACACCUAACGGGGAUUUUAAUGUCCUGUUCAAAGCAAUGCAGAAAAAUGGCUUACGAAGAAUGGACCAUUUUUUUGAAUGGAGUCGUGAACAGUUUCAUGAUUGGUGUAGCAAUAUAGUCACCCGAUAUCCAGAUUACACAGUCACCACCAAGGGUAUCGGCCCUGGGCCACCUGGUACUAUGCGUUACGGCUGUUGUAGUCAGCUCGCACUAUUUGUAGCCAAGGACUACACUAAGCAGCCUGAUUUGAACCUUAACAGCUUAGCUUUAGUUGCCAAGAAAUCCAAUUCAAAAGAUUUAAGUCAUAUAAUAAUAGGCAGUUGGGAGAGUCCAGAUUGCACAUUGGAAAACAAUAUGUUAUGUGCACCGCCCAGCUUUCAUGUUAGUGUCGACUCUUAUCCUGAGUUGUUGUACGAUGAAUCUUCCUUUACGACAAUCAUAUCAUCCACCCCUUCGAUCCCGGACACGAUGGAAUACAAGGACAUAAAGUUACAAUGCAACUUAGAAUCUGAACUCGGCAAAAACUUUCUCAUGUUUGAUGAUGAAAUGCUUUUUAAAAUAUUGUUGCCUCGUCCUACGGAGCUAUGUAGAGUUUACUAUAUCGAAGAUGUCGCUUGCAGAUUGAAUUGUUCAACAUUUGAAGUGAAAAAGUUUUCAAAAACAACCCAAAAUUUAAUGGCAAAGAACAAAAUAGACGACUGUGUACACACGCGCGAGGUUGUCAACGAAAUACGAUAUUUAACAAAAAUGCUCAACUUUAACAAGGAUUGCCAUGAGACCACCGGGGUCCGUAUACCCCGACAAUUUGAAGGAACCUGGUCUAAUUUCAACUGGGGCGCAAAUGCGCCUUACUGGAACCAAUACUAUGCAGUUGUGAGAGAAUAUAGCUAUCCGUUUGAGGUGAAGACUGACGAAACUCGUAUUAUAGACUUAGUUACAGAGGAAAUUAAUCGACUUGUGGACACAGAGUGUGAGGGCGUUGCGUCUAACUCAUACAAAUUGGAAAUACCUAUUGAACAGCUGAUGCGUGUCAUUGAACAUAUCACUACUGACGUCGACAUCGUGAUACAAAUACUAGAAUGGAAUGGUUAUGAGAUAGUAGACAACGUCUUGGUCUACUCCCGUCUUGUAGCGGAUAAUAUCUUUGACAUGUCGGAGGAGGAUGAUUGGCAAGACGACACCGUAUCCGACUGGGACACAGCAGAAGUGCGUUCUGCUUCGUAUUCAGACGGCAGUACAAUUGUGCCUGAUUUUUACGGUUUGCAGUUUUUUAUUUUCAUAUUUUGUCUCCGUCGGGCCAUAGAUCAGAAAGUGCGCAAACUAAAGACAUUACUUACCGCCGAUAAAGACAUCACCACAGAGUUAGAUCGUGUAGUAUGCAGGCUGAUGAAACUAUCUCUAUGCACGUGUAAAGGGAGACAAAAUCCGCCGCCCAUAAGUUGGAUGCAGUGCAAACUGUUUGAUCUGCUCACUCUCACUGAAAAGUCUAUUGAAAGAAGACGGCAGAGAUAUUCGUUAAAAGCUAUUGAAUACCGUGAGAAUUCUAUAACGUUAUGUAGAUAUGAAAGUCUCGACCAAACCGUGUCUCGAAACUUAGAUCAACAACCAGAUCUUGAUAUAUACGGUGACUUACAAAAUAUAUAUGUCGAUGAAGAGUUUGAUGAUUAUAAUGUUAGCAUUGCUAGCAAUGAAUACAAAGAACGUGAAAAAAAUUAUAUUCAAGAAGAAUCCAUGAAUAACAUAAAUAUUGACUUUAAAGAGUUAAAUAAUAUUUGUAACAUGGAGUUACAAGAAACAGACAGAUUAGACAAGUGUAAUUUGAAACUAGUCCCAUAUGUGUUUGGGAGAAGCUUGAUUAAGUCUAGAGAAAGUAUUUGUACUACUUUCAAUGGUGAUGAAAAAAAGCAAGAUAUAAUAAAAGACGAUAGCGAAACUUCAAUAGACAAAAAGGACAACGUAAAUAGUUCAGGUGUAGUUAAAAUUCUAAAAACACUUUCCACAAAACAAAGCAAAGGUGUUUUACAAAGCAAACACAACUUAUAUAAAACUAGUAGAGCAAAGAUAAAUAAAAGAGUUGCUAGUAAGAAAUCAAGUUAUUUUAAUCUUCUCAAAUACGAUUAUUCUCAAUAUAAGAAAUACAAAUCAAAAGAAAGAAAAGAGCCGAGAGAAAAUGAAAUGUUUCAGUCUACUCCAUCAAGACCGAUACCUGCUGGUUUGAUUGAUUUUUGUCAGUCGCAGUCAAUAAAAAAAAUUAAUACUACUAUUUCUAGCAGCAAUAUGAACAAACAAAAUCAACUAGAUAAGAAAAUCGCAGAUACUGAAGAAUUUAUGUUUAUUGGAAUAGUUACAGAAGAGGGUGAAGAAACAUUAGCAAUGCGACGCAAUAUAGGAACAUCUCCUGAAUUAGAUCUCGAAAUUUUAGAAACUGAAGGGGUAUUAGAGUCAGUCAUAAACUUAUCGUCUAAUAAUAAUAGUUUUUGUUGCAAUCCAGUUAUUGAAAUGGAAAAAUUCGGAUCUCAGACAAUAUUUUUACAUGAUUUAGAUGAACCUAGUACGUCUAAAGGUAUUCGCCACUUCAGUACAGAUGUUCAAUGUGGUCCAGACUUCGAUAUUGAUCCACUGCGCCCAGAGAACACGUCUGUCACAAAAGUGUCUCAGUUUUUUUCAGCUGGAAUUAAAAUAGCGGAACCUUGCGCUGAGGCAAAAAGAAAUACAAAUACUUCUGAUUUUAGUUCAUGUAUGGAAAAAAGCACAAGUGUUUCAAUUGAAUGCAAAACAUCUUUAGGGAUCAAAAUUAAAGAAUCCAUCCCAGACGUGACUAAUGAUUUAUCAAUGAUACAAGUAACUGAGAAUAAACUUUUUCAACUUUCGUCGGAGUUUUCUAGUUUUGAUCCACUUAUGGACAUUAAACAACUGAAUCCGGUAUCUUUAAAAAUUAAUAAUUCAAGGAAUGUGUAUUGCGAUACUGUAAAUAGCUGUUUCAAAUCACAAACUUAUUUCUCAACAUCGUAUAAAAAUACAAGUGAUAUCCAAAUCCAAUCUGUUAGUAAUGAAAAAAAUAGUGUAAUAAAGAUAUUACAGGCAAGUGACAAAACAAAUUUGGUAUGUGGAGGUACUCAUGUUCACAGUUUUAAAGAAAAACAAACGUCUGAAGACGUAGUGUAUCAGGGGCAGUGGCAAAGAAAACAAAGUUCAUUUAAAAUUAAUCGCUGUUCUAAAGUAAGAAAAAUUGCAUCGCUUCCAAAAAGGCAAAUGUUACAUUUAAAACCAGUCGAUAAUAACAACAGAUGUUCCAAGAAAACAAUAUCAAUAACAAGCCCAAAAAUGACUAUCAGAAAACAAGAACCUUCAAAUAAUGCAGCCCAAAGUAACAAUAUAUUUUUAACUGUUAAAACAAGGAAUAAAAAUAAUACUAAUAAAAAGAUGGUUCCGAAGGUGGCUGGAAGUUCAAAUGUACCUAAAAAUACGAAAACAAUAUACACUGCCAGAAAACCGACCAGUGUCAGUGUUAUUGAAACUCCUUUGAGAAAAGAAAGACAUCAAGAAAAUAAAACCAAUAAAAAUUACUUGCCUUUAUAUUUACGAAGAAAAAUACAGAAUUCUAUUACAGAAGAGGAUAAAAGCGAAAAGAAAAAAGACAUAUUUACAAACGAAUACUUAUUUUCGCCUUCAAAGGCCAGAGAAGUUGCAAAAGAUUUGAUCGAAAUAUCUGAAAAAUCACUAAUUAGCAAUCUUAAUAACUACGUUAUAUUCCGAAAUGAAGUUCAAAGAGAAAACGAUCCUAACACAGAAUCAUCACUUGCUACCGGUAUCAACAAAAAUAAUAGCAUACACCGUAGUCAUAGCCCACAAUCUCAGCAUAGUUCUAAUUGCUCAUCGCCAAAUAGUGUAUCAACUGUUAGGGAUGUAUGUACACGAAACAGAAAUUCUACAUCAUCCGAAAGAAGCAGCUCUGGCGUCUUAGAAAUUGAAAAUAGGAUUGCAAAAACUAAGAAAUUUACCCGGCGAAGUAAGAAUAAUAAAAAGACAGUUCUAUCAACUGUACUGUGUGAUAAUAAAGAAAACGUUCCAGAAUCAUCUAAAAAUACAAUCACUUCAAACAAAAAUAAAGAAAAAUCUGCUACGAGUGUAUUUUUAAGAAAAACAAAAAGUAUUAUUAUGGCUCAAAUGACCACUGAGACUUCAACGCUACCAUUAUCAUCUACUACUGUUUCAAAAACUAAAAUCACGCCCUUUACCAAACCAGCCAAAUUAGGUAAUGUCAACAGUGCUAAUGUUAAUGACCAAACAUAUGAAAAACCUAGUUCAUCAAUAUUUGAAAAAUCAUUGGACAAUGAUUCUAAAAACAUAGACAUCAUUUGUAAUUCUUUUCCUAAAAUUUCUGAUAACAAAGUAAUUAUAUAUGAAACUUUAAAAGAGUCUGCCUUAGAAAAUAACUUUUUAAGUAACAUCUCUAUAAUUUCAAAUGCCAAAUCUUGGAAUAGUCAACAACGUAUUCAUAAAACAACAAGUAGUUUAAUGUCAGCUAUAAGAACUUUAAUAGAAAGUAAAACAAAUGAGCCUGAAAAGUCUUAUGACCGCAACGAUUCUGAUUCCGAAACUGUAAUAUUGAGUAGAGAUGAUAAUUACUUUGAAAAAUGUCGUAAUAACUCCCCUCAAAAUGAAGAGACGACUACUACACAUGAAGUUCCUUGUGCUUCAGAAACUGAUAUAGAUACCCCGCAUAUUCACAGUCCCAGGAAAGCAAUUGAAAAAGUUGCACCACCUAAUAUUGCUGAUAUUGGGUCUUCAUAUUCAGACUCGGACGCUCUAUCUGUUAAAUCUUUUGCAUCAGCAUCUACAUCGAAAUUUUCUGAAUAUUAUUUAGCUGAUAAUGAAUUAGAAAAUACAUUACCACAAACUGAUACAUUAAAUAUUAGUUCAAUUCAGGAUUUAUUUGAACGUAAAGAAUUCAAUACAAUACCUAAUGCUGGUGGAAUGUUAGCUAUUCAAGCAUUUAGUGGUUUUUCUGUAAACGGACCUACAACAGGAGAUCAGCCUGAUUUUGUAAAUUUCAUUGAUUCUGAAACAGGCAGUUUUUCAUUUGGAACAGCAAGACAAGCAACAUCCGAAGAGAUAUUUGUAUCAGGUCGGUCCUCUGACACUUACGAAUCGUGUGACGAUGCCUUUGUACCGAAUUGGUUGUACAGUAUAAUUAGUCAACAUCCAUCGGCUUUGGAAUCUGAGGCGGAGGAGAAUAAUCUACCAAUAUCACUGCCAAUAGUAGAGCCAGGGUUUGAUUUGAAUGGCAACGUCAUGGAGCCAGGAGUGGGGGUGGGCGCUGGCGCCGGCGACGGGAGGGGAAUGCACAGUGAUCACUCACAAGACAGCUCUGGACAUGGCACUUCCCUUAGCUCGAGCGAAGUAUCUUCUGAACCACAGAGUGAGGCAAUGUUAACCGAUCCGUCUACUUAUACGACGCAAGCGGAUCAAUCACAUGAGUCCAUGUAUUUGUCUGCAAUAACUGAUGCACCCAGUUCCAGUCGGCCUGAAGAAAAUACGCUGCCUAAUACUGCAGACAACAGUGGAGAGAACGCAUCAAACGGUUCUAUGCAAAGAGUGGUAGUACAUCCCAGACAAAUUACAAGUGAUAAUGACGCGGACAUAAGUUCGUUUGAGACAGACGCUGUCGAUUCCGAUAAUAACAAUUUUUAGUUUACAAAAACCGCCAUUUUAUGGUUUGAAAAAAAAGUAAUUUUCGUUUGAGAAAUGGCCAAUCUCGGUUAUUCACAUUUUAAGUAAAUUUAUGUUCAUAGUAAAUUAUUAUUUAAUUCUUUAUGAUGUAAAUUAACAAUAUUUAAAUUGUUCUCGUGGUACAUAUACCUAGAUAUUUCUUUUUAUUCUUAAAGUAUGAAAAUUAUUAAAUUAUUGUAUUUUUA